GGCAUCCUGGCAGCUCGCGGUGGAUUAUUACAACUCGUCUAGUGCCCACGCCAACCAUCACCACGCCGGACGCAGCAGACCCACUGCCCUCGUGCAUCACGCUGAGGUCAUUCCCUGCCUGGAAGAAAGGAGGUGACAGGAGAAGCAAUGUGGAAGACACGCGUGGUAUUCGUCACUGUUUUCACCUGCGUCUUCCUGACCAGCCAUGCUUGUCAUAUCAAGACAGAGAAAAGUAAGGAUCGAUAUCUAUGCUGAACCCAAUCGUGUAACCUUCAGGCCGAGUCACCUUGAUCUCAGUAAGGACCAGUUUAGAUACAAGUUAGACUUCCUGGCGUGUGAUUAUGACACAAAAUUCAGUAACUGGCAAGACGCAAAGUUAAACAGGCUAGCCAUGAAAAUUUCGGCACGCCCUUACACCAAUACGACUUUCCAAAUACGAGAAAAGACCACUGGCAAAAUAACAGCAAGAAAUUCUACAGUCACCCCUGCUACAGAACCUGAAGUUAGGGUGAGAAGUCUUCAGUGUGAUUCCAGAAGAUGCACAGCUACCGUGGAAAACAAUUGCGUUAAAUAUAAUGGUUACAGUAUGAAAGUGCAAUUCAUUCUGAAGCCAUCGAGUGAGAAAGUCAAGAAUCCCCUCGUUAAAUACGGUGUUGUCAACUCUGGGGGAAGAGCAACGAUAGCAUUAAAAGAUCUGCUGCCCUUUACGAACCACACCGUAAUCGCCAACCCUGCCAACGACGUGGGCGCCGCCACCGACCCCUCCCUCUCCAAAGAAUCCUCCUUCAUCGCAAUUUCCCAAUGUGAGACUCCGUACUUGUGCCUGUGUGAGACUUACGGUGGUGAAGGUGGCACGUGAGACGCUUCUGGCAGACUAGGUAGUGUGGUGCGCCACCUCCACCAUCACCCCCACAACAACAACAACAACAACAACAACAACAACAACAACAACAACAUAAUUCUUUGUUCUUCUUUAGGGACAACAUUUAUGAACUUUUUUUUUUACCAUUCGUUUGUACUUGGUCCCUCUCUUUAAUACAUUAAAAAAUUAUACUAAUAGUAAAAGAAAUCCUCACGAAUGGGGGUGGUAACACAAACCACGCAA